ACAAAAUAAUUAACAGUCCGAAUGUUCUCAAAUCCUCUCUCUCUCUCUAGGAAAGGAAAAUGGAGAUAUCAGUAGCGUCCGUAACAGUUUCAAUAGCCAUAGCUGUUUUGUCGUGGUGGGUAUGGAGAACUUUGAAUUGCGUUUGGUUUAAACCUAAGAUGCUUGAGAGUUACCUGAGAGGAGAGGGUCUUGUCGGAACUUCUUACACGCCUCUUUUCGGCGACAUAAAGAGGAGUUAUAGCAUGAUGAUGGAGGCUAAAUCCAAAGCCAUCAAACUAACGGAUGAUAUCACGCCACGUGUUGUGCCUUAUCCCUUGCAAAUGCUUAAGACUCACGGAAAUACUUUCUUUACAUGGCUUGGACCUACACCAGUCAUCACUAUAAUGGAUCCUGAGCUAAUCAAGGAAGCGUUCAACAAAGUUUACGAUUUCCCCAAGCCGCAUACGUUCCCUUUGGUCAGACUGAUAGCAACUGGACUUGCUGACUAUGAUGGUGACAAAUGGGCGAAACACCGAAGAGUCAUCAAUCCGGCUUUCAAUCUAGAGAGAAUCAAGAAUAUGGUACCAGCGUUUCACCAGAGCUGCAAUGAGGUUGUUGACCAAUGGGAUAAGUUAGUUUCCAAUAAAGGGUUUCCAUGCGAGGUGGAUGUUUGGCCUUGGCUUGUGAAUAUGACUGCAGAUGUGAUCUCUCGUACUGCUUUUAGUAGCAGCUACAAAGAAGGACAAAGGAUAUUUGAGAACCAGACAGAACUAGCUGAGCUCGUUCUACAAGCUAUUCGGAAAGGUUCUGUCCCUGGAUAUAGUUAUCUCCCAACGAAGCUCAAUAGAAGGAUGAAAGCAUCAUAUAGAGAAAUCGAAGUUAUACUAAGAGGGAUCAUUAACAAAAGGGUAAGGGGGAGAGAAGCCGGGGAAGCACCAAACGACGAUAUGUUGGGUAUACUUCUUGAGUCAAAUACGGGUCAAGCGAAAGGAAAUGGAUUGAGCAUUGAGGAAGUAAUAGAAGAGUGCAAGUUGUUUUAUAUCGCCGGGCAGGUGACAACCUCAGUACUUCUGGUUUGGACAAUGGUUAUGUUAAGCCAACACCAAGACUGGCAGGUACGUGCAAGAGAAGAAGUGAAGCAAGUUUUGGGCGAUAAAGAACCAGAUACAGAAGGCCUUAACCAGCUCAAAUUUAUUAAAAUGAUAUUAUAUGAAGUAUUAAGGCUAUAUCCUCCAGUAGUUCAGCUGAUGCGAGCUACUGAAAAAGAGAUGAAGCUAGGAGACUUGACACUACCAGCUGGGGUUCAGAUUAGUCUACCUAUUAUGUUAGUCCAACGGGACACCGAACUGUGGGGCAACGAUGCAGCAGAGUUCAAGCCCGAGAGGUUCAAAGACGGUCUUUCAAAGGCAACAAAGAACCAACUUUCCUUCUUUGCCUUUGGGUGGGGACCAAGGAUAUGCAUCGGCCAGCAUUUUGCCCUAUUGGAGGCAAAGAUGGCAAUGGCUUUGAUUCUACAGAGAUUCUCAUUCGAGCUUUCUCCUUCCUAUGUUCACGCACCUUACGAAGCCAUGACCAUUAACCCACAGUUUGGUGCUCCUGUUAUCCUUCAGAAGCUAUAAUUCUAUAACCUAGUCAAAUAAACUAGUCAUUCACGCAUCUGUGUUGUCAAAUAAACUAGUCAUUCACAGAGGAAACUAGUCCACAUCACAAUAAUAUAUAUACAAAACUCAUCUUAUUUCUAAUUAAUUUAUGAUAAGGUAAAGGCCAUGCUCACCCAUCGUCUAUUAGGCCUUGCUGGAACCUUUGUACAAGUCAACACAGAAGAUAUUAAGUAUAUAUACUU